GGGCGCGCUGUGCGCGCGGGACUCUUUUUGCCGCCCGCCGCACCCGGAGCUUUUUGCGGCGCGGCCACUUCCGGCGGCGCUUCCGGUGCCGCCAUGUCGCGCCGGGGCGCGGAGCCCGCGGCGCCGCUGCCGGAGGCGCGGCCGCUGUUCGGCGGCUGCUGGAGCUGCCGCCUGCUGAGCGGCGCGGGGCUGCUGCUGGCCGCGCUCUGGGUGUACCAGGGCCCGCGCGGCGCCCUGCGCAGCGGCGCGCCGCCCUCCAUGGCCGCCAUUGCCCAGAUCACGCUGGCCGCCGGUCUGGGCGCCUGGGCCAUCGUCAUCCUCGCCGACCCCGUGGGACGCCGGCGCCGCCCGGAGCCGUGAGGGGAACCGGCACCGGAACCGGCACCGGGACCGGAACCGGGAGUGGCACCGGGACCGGAACCGGGACCGGCACCGACCGGCGCCCGCGCGCCAAUAAAGAACCGGAACCGGCUCCAGAGGGG